AUGAUUCAAGUAGGAUUCCUCGUACUACUCUGCGCUGGAGCUUUCGCAAAUCCUGCAGAUGAUCAACCUUGUGCAAAUCCUCCAUAUGCUAAGCCUUAUGCAAAUCCUCCAAAUCUUAAACCUUGUGCAGGUGUCACACCAAUGAAGAAAUUUAAUCUAACGAAGAAUAACGGAAAGUGGUAUGUUGUGGAGAAAUAUGCAGUUGCUUAUAAUUGGAACCAAAAAUGCUUGAGUAAAUACUUCGAGGAUCGCAAGGGUGAUAACAAAACAAGUGUACCAAAAAUACGUGAUGGAUUUGCAAAAUUCGUUGAAAGUGAAGCAGGAUUUACUGAACACUAUAAAGGUGUAGAACAUGAAGAACAAUGGAUUUUAGAUACCGACUAUAAAACCUAUGCCGUCCAUUUCGCUUGCGGUGAUCUAUCACCUAAUGGAGUAAAUAAUGUUUGGAUUAUGGCAAAAACUAUACAGUCAGACGCAGAGGUUCUCAAGAAGGCUUACAAAGUUCUUAAAUAUAACAAUCUGAGCGUAGAGAUACUGGAGGAAGAAGAUUGGCUGCUUUGUGCAUAA